AUGGGCGGACGCAACACAUACGAAUAUAUUCGUCUAAAUCUUCCAGGUUCAGUACCAUCGAUCACUUCGGUUGAUGGUUCUAUUACAAAAGCUGGUGGAAAGAUCGUUGAAGGUGAAUUUCGAUAUGAUGCUCUCAGCGAUCUCCAAAUUUCAAACAAUUAUCAACUUGCUGUCUGCUCCGAAGAUUGUACAGGUGUGAUCCAGAAGGUGGUAUAUGAUGCAUCUACCAACACAUUCAUAGGAUUCUCAACUCCACUCGAUCAUGGAGUACCUGUUCCACAAUUUUUUCAAACUGAUUCGUAUGAUCAAUUGAAAGAGUGGUUCGAGAAUGAAGAAAAAUCAAAUCUUUUAAACGUUCAUAUGUUAGAACUUCUUACAAUAUCUAAAUCGUCGUCGACUUCAUUUCUUCUAGGAGCUUAUGGAAUUACAAGCAAAUUUAACUCAAUUGAUGUUCUUCGUCGUUGGCUGUGGAUAUUUGAACGUUCUCGGAUUUCGAAUAUUCGAAUUCUUGCUUUCGCAACUGACUGUGAUCCGAAAUAUUUACGCGCUAUGCGUCUCAUUACAGGAUUUUUUGCUAAACUACCUAACAUACCUAUAAGUGAACGCAACGAUGUGCUAGAAGUGAAGUUACCAAAGAACUGGUCUUCAUGGUUCUUCAUGCGAACACGUCAGUUAUUUUUUUGUUUUCAGGAUCCAGUACACCUCUGCACCAAGAUUCGUAAUCGUCUUCUUUCUCAAUCUGCUUCAAUGUUUAUUGGAAACGGAAAAAUAUCAGUCGAUGUACUCUUUGAUUUAAUUAACAACCAAUCGAAACUAAUCCAUGGAUUAGUAAAAACGGAUGUCUAUCCAAAAGACCGACAAAACUUCAGUUCAUGUGCUAAAAUUUCAACUGAUGAUGUUUUAUCUGCUCUCAAUAAUGUUUCUGAUUCUUAUGCCACACAAAUUUACUUACGUCUUGUGCGUAGUAUUAUACUAGCUUAUAUUGAACAAAGUACAUCAAUUCUUGAUCGAAUAUAUCAUAGUUGGAUUACAGUAUUCAUUUGCCGACUUUGGUGGGCUUGGUUGCAGUUAACUGAUGUGGAAGAAAUUUCCACCGAAUAUCAGGACAAAAAUAAAGCUUUUUUCUUUAUUACAAAAGCUGCUUAUCAUUCUAUUGAAAUCAAUGCACACACAUUACUAUCAGUUGUUCUUCUUGUUUGUCAGCAUGAUCUGCCUGAAUCUGCUCUAUCUAUAACAAGUUUUAAUUCACAGAUAUGCGAAAAUAUAUUCAGACUAACAAGAGCAAUGUCUGGGACAUUCUCAUCAAAUGUGAAUUUUACUGUCGGACAAUUUCUCCGACGAGCUGGUAAACUUUCAGUAUUACAAGAUAUUGAAAGACAAAAUGAACAUAAUCUAUCAGAAUGUUCUUUACAAUUUCCUAAACAUCAUAAGCGACGUCACAGAAAAGAUAUGUCAAUAAAUAAUCGUUUAGAUGUUUCUAACAACAUAUUAACACAAAAUACGAUUGAGAAAACCAUCCAUCGUGCUUUUGAUGAUGCUUAUAAGAUGUUAUCUGUACUUGGUAUUGACGUAAUUUUAGUAAGAGAACAUCGAAACGCUUUAAAUGAACUGAGUACAUAUGUACGAGUUCAGAUUGAAAAUACUUCUCAUACUACUGAUUUUAGUGAAAAUUGGAACGGUUAUUCCGAUGAUGAAUCAGAUUCAGAAGAAGAUAAUGUUCAUGAUCAAUAUGAUGUAACUUCGGAAAGUUCUUCAGAGGAUGAAGCUGAUGAACUAACAAAUAACUCUGGUCACAAAAGAUCGCAAUUUAAAGGAUUACGAAUCUUCAAGGAAAUUCCUGCUUCUCAAUCGAAUUCAUACUUUCGUAUUAAUGUAGACGGAAAUGAAAAAUAUAUGCAUAAGCAAACUGCCAGCUGGCUUCUUACCGAUAAUAAACCUACACUAUCGGCAGAUCGACUUCAACGUGUACAAAAGAGAAGUCGAUAA